GCCAUGAAAUUUUAUUUCAGGGAUUUAUCUUACAACAAUUUUACUGGAUCAGCUGAGCAAAGUUGUCAACAGCUACCAGUGAACUUAGUUGCUAGUCAUGUGUCAACUGGGAGUAACAAGAUUUCUUGGUGCUUGAACAAGGACCUUGUUUGCACAAGAAAAUCUCAAUACCAUUCCUUGUUCAUAAACUGUGGAGGGAGCAGUGAGACUGUUGGUGAUAAUGAAUAUGAAGACGAUACAACUUCAGGGGGGCCAGCUGAUUUUGCAUCUAUAUCAGAAAGAUGGGGUUAUAGCAGUACAGGGACUUAUAUUGGCACUAAUAACGGCGCUUACAAAGCAACCAAUUCUUAUGGUCUGAAUGUGACCGGUGCAGGUUUUUACCAAACUGCUCGCCUUGCUCCUCAAUCACUCAAGUACUAUGGCCUGUGCAUGCUGUCGGGCAGUUACAAAGUGCAGCUCCACUUUGCUGAAAUUAUGUUUUCCAAUAAUCAGACUUUUAGCAGCCUUGGGAGGCGGAUAUUUGAUAUAUCAAUUCAAGGGAAGGUAGUUGAGGCAAAUUUCAAUAUUAUGGAGGAAGCUGGAGGUGUUGGUAUUGGCAUCACUAAGGUAUUUGAUGGUAUAAUUGUUAAUGGUAGCACACUGGAGAUACACUUAUACUGGUCAGGCAAAGGUACUACUGCUGUUCCUGACAGGGGUGUCUAUGGACCUCUCAUAUCUGCCAUUACAGUGACUCCUAACUUUAAGGUAGAUAACGGUGGCGGAUUAUCAGUUGGAGCUAUUAUUGGCAUUGUAGCUGCUCCAUGUGUGCUUGCGGCAUUGGUUUUGCUGGUCCUCCGGAAGAAAGGUUACUUGGGAGGGAAGGACCUUGAAGAUAAAGAACUCCGUGCUCUAGAUCUCCAAACUGGUUAUUUCAGCCUAAGGCAAAUUAAACAUGCGACCAAUAAUUUUGACCCUGCAAAUAAGAUAGGAGAAGGAGGAUUUGGUCCAGUUUACAAGGGUAUGUUGUCAGAUGGUUCUGUAAUUGCUGUAAAGCAGUUAUCGGCCAAAUCGAAACAAGGAAAUCGUGAAUUUGUGAAUGAGAUAGGCAUGAUAUCUGCCUUGCAGCAUCCCCAUCUCGUGAAGCUGUAUGGUUGUUGCAUUGAAGGAAAUCAGUUGUUGUUAGUAUACGAAUACUUGGUGGUAAAGGGAUAAAUUAUUAUUAUUAUUAUUUUGGUAAUUAUACUUUGAACAAUAUGGAUAUCAAAUGGAAAUAUUGUAAAACGCAGACAUAUUUCUUUAUGGCAUCUAAUAACAGCAGCACAAAUGAUUAUCGCCUUGUAUAUGAUUGAUUAUAGAAGGAAAAGAACAUAUAAAUUUAUUCCACAAGCUCAUGGCCAAUACUUACUCUUA